AUGGCAUCGCGGCUUUCAGCAGCGCGACCCAAGCGCGCAGGCGAGAACUUUGCUCGCACCCACCACCUCGAUGAUGAUGACCGCGAUUCUAAGAAAGCCAAAUUCGACAUUCGCAACCCUUCAGCCCUGGCCCCCGAUGCACGGGAAGAGGACGAAAUCUUAGAUGCCGACGUUAUUGGCACUGGUGCCGCCACCAAGCGAGGAGCUGUCAAUCUCGAUGGCUACGACAGCGACUCGGACGUCGAGACCUUCCACGAACGCGCCGAACAGCGGUCAAAGGGCAAGGGAGAUCCGAACAUCCUAGAACAACUUGACAACUAUGACGCAACCGGCCGUGGUGCGAACGGAAAAGGCGGCACAGUCAACGAGGAUGACGACGAAGACGACGACAUGUUCGCUGGGGAGAAGGACGAAGGCGAACAACGCACAACUCCUCAGGAGGAGGACUCGCUCGCAGCACGGAAGAAGCGCAAGGAAGUCCGAUUUCUCGAAGACGAACUCAUUCAAGGCCAAGAAAUGGAGAGCAAAAGCGGAGGACAAAUAAGUCUGGACGACGCAGAAAGUAGCGAUGAUGAGCAAGACCUUGCACUGGCCAUACAAGAGGAAGGCAUAGACGAGGAGGUGGGACUGGGCGGCUUGAAGCGCAACGCUCCCAAGGUGGAGGCUUUCAAUAUGAAGGCCGAGCAGGAGGAGGGCCGCUUCGAUGCCAACGGGAACUACAUCCGGAAAGCUGUUGAUCCGGACGCCGUGCACGACCGCUGGCUCGAAGGCGUCAGCAAGAAAGAGAUGAAGAAAGCCGCUGAGGCCCACGAGCGGCGCGAGGCCGAGGCGCGACGCGCCCGUAUGGCCGACGACUCGCUUGUCACGACGGAUCUGCUGCGUACUCUCAUCCUGCGGCUCGAGAAGACCGAGACACCGCUCGAGGCGUUGGCAAGGCUGGGCAAAGGGAAGGCAAAGCAAAAGAAGGUCCCCAAAUGGAAGCUCAAGAAGCAGGCUAAGGGCGCGGAGAGCAUGGACGUCGACCAAGAGCAGCAGCCGCCGCAAACAGACGCCGAACAAGCCAGGAUCAAGGAGGCCAUUGACAUCAUCACCGACGCCGCGGACAAGCUGCUGAGCCGAGACCAUGCCGAGAUCUAUGACCAGGAGAGGGAGCUGCUCAUUCGAGAGUGGCAACGCGAAUCAGGCGAGGAGUGGUCAGAACCGCGACAGGAGAAGAGCGAGGCGGCAGAAGAUGGCGGGUCGGCCGCUGCCACCACGAUGUGGGAGUUUCGCUGGACGGACGGCCGAGACACCGCCGAGAAGCAAGGGCCUUUCGAUACAGCCACGAUGAAGGCCUGGCAAGAUGCUGGCUACUUUGGAGAGGGCGUCGAGUUUCGAGCUGCCGGCGACGAAGGCGCCUGGACCCGCAUCGGAAAUUUCGAUUGA